AGUCUGCAGAAUUGCGUAUAAAGCUCUACACCUGUGUCCCAUUCGUGGCCGGACUCGCCUCUUGGACUUUCACCCGCGCCCACGAUUUCCCACCACCUGCGUGAUGGUGCACGCUGGCAACUUCUGAGCUCAUCUCUCCUCUGCCAAUCACCGACAUGAAGCGCCCAUAUGCCACGUACACUGGCACAGCGGGAACUCCUACACAGGGAGCAGCUCCCCAAGGGACCGCCAGCCCAUACGCCAAUUAUGGGUAUGGCGGCCCCCAGCAACAUCACCAACAGCAGCAGCAGCAGCCUGCGGCAGCUUCGCCUGCUCACAACGCAGGUGGUGAAUCUGGACUGACGAAGGAGCAGCAGCAGGCGCAGUGGCACGCUCAAUGGCAGCAGUACUACGCUCAGCAGGCAGCUGCCGCUGCGGCCACACCAACCCCUACGACACCCGCUCAAUCUCCCCAGCAGCCACAGCAGUCACAGUAUGGCGGCUAUCCUCAACAACCUCAGCGUCCACCGCCUCAGCCGGCACAAGCGGCUUACUCCACCGCUUAUCCUCAACAACCCCAGCAACAAAGCUACCAACCCACUGCCCAGCAGGCUACCUACAGUCAGCCCGCGGCUCCUGCGUGGCAAAAUCAGCAGCAACCCCCGCAACAAGGACCGGCCUACCCACAGCCUUCGCCCCAGCCUCAGCAUCAGACUGCCUUUGCUUCGAACACGCCGCAAGGUCAAUAUACUGGCGGCCCUCCACAGGGUCCAAAUCAGUCCGGCUACUAUGGACAAUAUCCAGCCAGCCAGAACACAGGCGUUCCGCAGCAGCAGCAUGGUGGCCCUGCACCGGUUCAAGCUGGUCCGCCUUCGAAGCGACAGCGCUACGGUGACAGCGUCUUGCAACCUGGCAAUGUUCAGCCCGCCCCAGGUUAUGGACAGCCAACGCUGCCGCCCGCCCAAGGCUGGCAGCAACAAGGUUUUGGAGGACCACAACAGGGUCAAUCUGGACCAGCACCUUUUGCAGCACCUCAACAACAACAGCAACAACAACAGUACAUGCCUCAGCAACCAAAUGGAUGGCAAGGCGCUCGUUCCCACCAACAGCCACCUGGUCCAAAUUCAGUCCUACCAGUGGGCCAGCAAGGACCUCCGCAAGGCUACGGACAGGUGCCGACAGGUCCGGGCGGCAUGCAGAAUCACUUAAACUUUGGUCCUGCUGGCAAUGUCGGCAAUUCGACCCCCAACCACCACGCGUCGGCUCGAAAUGCGAGCGGUCCACGCUUGGGGCCUCAGCAAAGCCGUCCACCUAUCGCAAGUCUCCCUCGUCCACCGGCCCCGGUCGGCAAAGGACCUCAAGCGCUGCAGCACGGCAAUCGAUUUGGCGCGUCCGCCGGCGCUGCCGCCGGCGUCGUUCCAUCUGCUGGAGAUCGCAGCGGCUUUUCUUCUGGCAGUCGAGGCGGCAAUCAACCUGCGCGAUUGCGCCCAAGCGGAUCAGGAGGACAACGUGGGGGUCCGGCUGCACCGCAGGCAGGACCCAGUGGCAACAACAAUCAGCGUGGAUUCAGCAGCCAGAACAUGAUGGCCCCAGCUUCUGGAGUUCAGCGCAAAUUUGGUGAACGCAACGCAGCACAAGUGGCGAGCAACGUUCCGACUCGCAAUCAGAAUGGUCGUCCAUCUCAAGUCUCGACCUUUGAGUCUACGCGAGCAGCACAGAUUGCGCCAGCCAUCGCAGGGCAGCCUUCUUCCGCUGCUGAUCACUCCGUUCCUGGGGGCAGCAAGCGCACAUUUACCGACUUUCGCAUCAAAGGCCUCGACAUUCCCGCAUUGGCAUGGGGCUGGAAAAUCACUAGCGAAAAGAAUGGAGAUGACGUAGAAGACUCGAGCGAAGAGGAGGAAGAGGACAACGCGGCUGAAGCUGGCGCGAAGAAUCACGACAACGACGAUGAUGACGCGAUGAGUAUUGCGGAUAGCAUCGAUCCAGCCAAGGAGCGCAAGACAAGGCCGCCAAGUGGUCCAGCAAACGGCGGACUACGAGGAGAUGUUUGUCGCAUGCGCGUCAAUUUUGCAGCUGUCGCGCACCAGCCUCCCGUGAACGCGCCAGCAGGACCGCGAGCCAAGCUCAAGGCUGACAAACCUGCCACCGGCUCUCCUGCCAUCGAUGCCCAAGAUGGCGACAACACUGCACCGCCAUCAGAUGCUGGCGAUGCCUCUGAAGCUACCAAAGAAGUUUCGAAGGAUGGCGAAGCUUCGAGUACGGAAUCGAGCAUUGUUGUGGAGCCAGCUUGGACGCCAUUCAGCAAAGGGCCCCCUCAGAGCAGCACCAAUCGCAUCAGCAUCUCCUACGCAGGAACGCUCCGUCGAAUCACUAUCGAUGCCGAAAUAGUCAAGGAGUUGCGAGUUUUCCGAGCUGAGAAUCGAGCCGAGAUCAUUGUCGACAUCACAACUGCCUCCGACGCUCGCGACUCAAACCUCAAUCGCAAAGGCAAAGAAUGGGUCAUUGCCAGGGGUAUUUUGCUCGAGACUCGCGACACCGAGACUGACUCCUUCGGCGUCACCAGUCGCAGGCAACUUGAGCAUGCUUGGGCGAACAAAACAAAUGAAGAACCUGUCAUUUCAAAAAUGAAGACCAAGACGAAGAACGCCGCAGGAGACACAGACGCCGCGCAAGUAGAAAGCUCGGAAGAGAAGCUCGCGCCAGUGGCUGGGCCUUUCAAUGAGCUUCCCCCUCUGUUCAGACUGCUCGAAGAACAUAACGUGCCGGACGAUGAUGGAGCACCUGAAGCGCGAGGCGCAAGUCAGUUGAUCAUCAAUGUGCAGCUCGACAGACCUACGACACUCGAAGACAAGUGGCUUCGUAGCGGUGACGUCGGAGAAUGGUUAUCAGCCUUGCCCGCGUUCUCCACCCGCGUGUCUGAGUCAGUGUGGCAAAAAAAAAUCCAUGUUGCCGAUCCGGAUCCACUGCCUACGGUAUCGCAGGUGUGUCAGGAUUGGACAAACAAGAGCUCGAUUGGGACCCCAAGAGAACGGCGACGGUUCAUCGCGGAUCAGUUGCAGGGAGGAGAAGCCAUGCAUGAGAUUGUUGCGCAGAUCAUGCGCAAUCCCAACAAUCCUGCGCUUGCAAAGCACGAGGUUGCGCCGCCUCUGCUCGGGACUUUCGACAAGACUGCCUUUUCGGCCAACCAAAACCAUCUUGCCCUUGCUGCCCUGAGGCUGCUGGACUUGAUCCAAGAAUACGGCGCAGCAUCCGGCACGUCCGGAGAGCUCAUCCUUACACAUUUGAAUGACUUGAUUAUGGCCCUUCCUACUGCAGUCAUCUUCAAGGCGUUGGACGCACUGUGGAAAGAAGCGCACGAAAAGCAGCGCAUUGCUGACGCUGAACGCAAGCAGGCUCAAAAGCAAGCGGAAAAGAAGGCUAAGAAAGACAAGCAGCAUACGCAAGGGAAGUCGGAUGAAGCUAAAGUGGAGCAAAGGACAGAUGCACCUUCAAGUAAGGAACAGAGCAGUAGCCAAAGCCAGACGGCAAGUCCGGGCCGAAUGGGUCUAGUGAAAGGCGAGACGCAAGGUGGCGAGGGGCAACGUGGCGAGGCAGAAGCCAAGAUAGAGACGGAUUCGGGAGUCGAGCCGCUCGUCAAGGUGGAGACGGAGCUCGAGUUGCCCGAUUGGUCUGGUUCUGCAGUCGGCGUAGAGGAGACGUCGACUACCCUGCCCCCGGGUCACGUCGUGGACAUUGACAGUGCGAUCGAAGGGAGUGGAUCAGGUACGCAGCCAAAGGACCCGCUGGAACAGCUCGUCGAUGACGCUCUUGCUCUUGACUCUGUCAAGCAAGAAGCCGAUGCGACGGCACUGCCGAUCUCUUCGUUAGACACGGAGAUGGUCGGAGAGAACGGCGCUCAACUCGAGGGAGCGACAUUGCCGCCGGGGACUGCUUCGGACAAUCUGGUGGAUCAAAUUGCUGACAUGCGGUCAGAAGAAGAGCUCUUGACGAGUGAUGGCGCGAGGGUUCACGAGGUCGUGGCGCAACCUGGGACGAGCGUAGCGGAGAGCUCGAAAUUGCCGGUGGAUGACUAGAUUCAGGUACUGCGGAGAAGGGCCAGGAUUAGAAGCGCGAUUGCUACCGUUGUUUCCUAGUGGUGGUAGCAGCAGCAGCACCUCUUGGGGAAUAGGCAGGGCUGGGAAACGGGGAGCGCGUCUAUGCCACUAUAUAGCUCCAGG